AUGCCUCCCUCCGCCGUCACUACUGGCAGAGUCGCCAUGGACUUCGCCCGUCCUCUUUGCUCGUCCAUGGCCGGUUCCUUCAUAUCUGCGGUCGUAAUGCUUGACAAGCGCAAAAGCAUGGGCGUUUGGUCACUCUCUGUCAUUCCCUUCCCAGUUCCCGACGCUGUGGCCUUAACCCUAACGAAGCUCUUUCUCUUCUCAUUCCUUGUUUCUUCCACUGUACCCACUGCGAAAUCCGAACUCCUGACCUCCAAGCGCGAGAAGCUCUCUCGCUUCCGCGUUUGCGUUCAUGACAAAAUCUCUGGGACCAAUGCCACUGCAGCAACCGUAGCUCAGGCUUCGACCACCAAUCAGUCCGCCACGUCAUUCGGUCUAGUAAGGGUUUUCGACGACGUGCUGACCGUGGGCCCCGAGAUGAGCUCGAAGAAGGUGGGUGUGGUACAAGGCAUGCUGGCGUUCGCAUCCCAACGCGAGGUGGCCUUGUUGAUGUCGGUGACCAUCAUGUUCACGGCGGGGAAGUAUAACGGGAGCGGUUUGACCGUUGUGGGGAAGAACUUGGUGUCAUUGAAGGUGAAAGAAAUGCCUAUUGUGGGGGGAACUGGUCUUUUCCGAUUGGCCUGGGAUUAUGUUCAGAUUAGCACUUACUCGUUGGAUUUUAAGAAUGGACUCUCCGUCCUUACGUAUGAUUUCUCUGUGUACCACUAUUGA